AUGAUAAUUAUUUUAAAUUACCUAAAGGCAAUGAAACAGUUUAAGACCCAAAUGGUCCGGCAAUAUUUCUUUUAAUCCAAGAGUUAAAACAAUAUUAAGAAAAACUUUAAACACUUAAAUAUGAUAAAGGUAUUUCUGGAAUAUUGGAUAAGCUUUAUGAAGGAUUCAUAAAAUUAAAUUUAGAUGAAAUUCUAAGAUCCUUUUAACAGAUAAGGUUCGUAUCAAAUAAGUAAUGAUCCCUCUAACAUUCUGAAAUCCAGCCAUAUCCUUCCUAAUAGAAUUUAGUAAAAACAUCUGAAUCUACUCGAAUUAUAGGUGUAACACAUUUAUAAGUAAUAGUAUCUUAGGCAAAACAAGUUAAGCAAGCGUUUGGAUCAGAUUCAUGACAUGACUCACAUAAAGGAUUACAAAAAAAUCCAUAUACUUAAAAGUUUCUUAUUCUUAUUUUAUUUCCACUUGUAAAAGGUGUAAAUUCAACAGAUAUUGAAAAAUUCUUUUGUGGAACUUAUAAUUUUGUGGUAACUAUUUUUGAAAAUUCAAAUGAAUAUUCUUCAACAUCAUUCCUACAAUUUCUACUCUGUUACUUACUUUAAUAGAGUUGGUAUUUUGGAUGAUCCAUAAUUCUAAAUAAAAUUAACAGAAACAGUUGAUGAUGAAGAAUCUGAGAUAGGAAAAUCAUAAUAUAUAUCGAAAAUGACUUAGACUUACUAGACAGAAAUAGGAAUGGAUUUCAAAAUUAAAUCAUUCGAGUUGUCAAGUACUAUUUGUUAUUCUCCGUUAGUAUUACAAGUUGCUGUUUCAACACCGCUCAUUAUCCACCCAUCUUAAUUUAGCGUUAGAGUUUGA